AUUGGCGUUCAAAGUAACCAAUUAUUAAUAUAUAUUUUACCAAAAUACCGGAAAAUAUUGCGCGUAUCAUUUGUUCCUGGUAUGUCUUGAUAAUAUUAGGAAAAAUCUGAUAUCUUGUUCACACAUGUACUGUGUACAACAAUCUCACGAUCAAUAAAUCAAAUCACGAGUACUGGUGAAUCUCUCAAAAACUACUUGAAAUGCAAAGUAGCAACUGAAUCGAUUCGCGUGCCGAAGGAUCAACGGUGGACCUAUCGUCGGUAUAUGGUCCCCAGGUGUUUUUAGACGAUUGCAAGACGUUCAAACAGAAUACAUCUUUGAUGAGAAUGUCGCCGAACGAGGAAAGGGUAACGACGGCAAUAUGUCCUAAGGUAGAGACGGAUUGUAACAUGACGCUGAAAAGGAAUCGGUUGGCGAACGAUGAGUCGACGAAGAAUCAUAACACAACGACUCAGAAGAAUGAUGAGUCGACUGAGAUUAAGUACGUACCGAGAAUAAAGUGGCUGGAUCUUAGUGCACAACUCUUCAUACACGGCGGAUGUCUUUACGGGCUGUAUUUGGUACUCACGCAGGCAAAAUUGCUUACUUCGCUAUGGGCGUUUGUGACCAUUUAUACAUCUGGCUUUGGUAUUACGGCUGGCGUUCACAGAUUAUGGUCGCACAAGGCAUAUAAAGCAAAAUGGCCCUUGCGUCUAUUUCUAGUCUUCCUCUUCACGAUAACAGGACAGAAAGAUGUGUAUACAUGGGCGUUGGACCAUAGGGUACAUCACAAAUAUAGUGAAACUGAUGCAGAUCCGCAUGAUGCGAGAAGAGGUUUCUUUUUCGCUCAUGUAGGAUGGCUUUUUACAACACCCCAUCCUGAUGUCGUCGCCAAACGCAAAGCAGUCGAUGUGAGCGAUCUAGAAGCGGAUCCCAUAGUUAUGUGGCAAAAAAGGUUAUAUAUACCUCUAUUUGCACUUCUAACCAUCGCACUUCCGGUGGGAAUUCCUUGUUACUUCUGGUCGGAGUCGCUAUGGAUAUCGUUUUGGGUGAACUUCAAUUUUCGCUUCUGCAUCAAUUUAAACAUAGCCUUCUCUGUCAAUAGCGUGGCACACAUGUGGGGGCAGAAACCUUACGAUAAAAACAUUUCGCCAGUGGAGAACAUUGCGGUAUCAAUCGCGGCGCUUGGUGAGGGAUAUCACAACUAUCAUCAUGUAUUCCCAUGGGAUUAUAAGACCGGUGAGCUAGGCGAGUACCCAUUCAAUCUUAGUACCGCCUUCAUUGAUGCAUUUGCAUGGAUCGGGUGGGCCUACGAUCGGAAGUACGUCUCACCAAGUAUGAUCCGUCGUAGAGCACACCGAUGUGGCGAUGGAAGUCACGUCUGGGGUUACGGUGAUGUCGACAUCUUGAAAGAAGAUCUAGAGGAAUUAGAUGUCAUGGACAAUCACGAGCUGUGAGACUGAAAAACUCGAAAAAAUAUGUUGAGGAGAAGCAUUUCCUAAUAUGUCAUACGUGGACCAUGUAAAGUCUUUCGUAGAGAUUUGAUUUAAAGUAAUAUAGAGAUUUAAGAUUCUGUAUAACUUUAGAUUAUAUACAGUAUACACCAUUGGAAAAUGUUCGUAUACAGUAUAUACCAUUGGGAAAUGUUUAAUGUAAUAAUUAUCGAAUUAAAGAGAUAUUUUAAUUGAUAGUCGGUAAAGUACAGUUGGCGAUUAUAGUCAACAAUUAAUAAAUAAACUAUUUUAUUUAUGACAUGAAUUCGUCAUAAAAUUUAUUGUAGAAUUAAUAUACAUAUAUUUUGGUCGUUUAUUUAUUUUUAUACUUACGGGAUUUGUCAGCAUUAAUUAUUGCAGUAAGAUAAUAGUAAAUAUAAUAUUUACCGUGACAGUGUAGAAUGGUAAAGAAACGAUAAUAUACAACUUCGCAUAAUCGAGGAUCCAUUGUUUGAUAUAAGGAAAGUCACUAUUUAAUAUAAUACGUACUAUUAUUUUUCGUAUAAUUGUACGUAAUCGUUAUUUAUAGGUAUUAUAUGUAUAAUCGUAUAGCGGCAUUAUAAAAAUUUCUAUUUUAUUUAACAUGAAUGACGAAAAGUACAACAAUCUAAAUGGGAAUCUUAUUAAAUUAGUAUGUUCUAUAAUAAAUGUAUAUAGGGGGAGAUUGAGGCUAAGCUGGCAUUUAAAUUUUGAGUGGCAAAAAUAUAUCUUAUGAGUUCCUAAUUUAUAUUGUAGACAACAUUUCGUGCGUCUUCUUUACCAACAAAGUUUGGUUAGUUUAGGUGUCGCGUUAUGUUUAGAUAGUCAAAUAUGUUUUCGAUAGUCAAAAGUAAUUUUUGAGAUUUUAUUUUCCGAGAUCACAUCAUCUUUUGUAUAUAUGGAUGAAAUGAAGUUGCAAACACCAAAAUUUUUUAUUGCCAUCUUGUAGUCUUAUAAUCAUUCUAUAAAACGCUAAUAAUCAUUUGACU